AUCCUAGUAUUGUAGUAUCACACAUAGCUGUAACGCUAUAACUCACUCGGUUUAAGUCACGAUUAUACAAGUACUGAACUACUAAAGUAAAAGUACAGCAUAAUAUUUAUUAGUUAUUAAUUACCUUUUUAUCAAUUACUGUUUAUUUACAAAUCGUUAAUAAAUACUAAAUUAAUAUUAUUCAUUCCAAUUUUUCUACCAUUGUAAAGUAAAUUAACUUAACGUUCCGUUCAAGAUCAUAAUAAUGUCCAUAUAAUGAUUGAAUCGUAUGUGUUAUAAUAUAUUUAAACUACUUGAUUGGUUUACAUUUAUUUACACAUUUGGUCAAUUAAAAUGAAUCAAAAAUUACUGUUUUAACUUCUGUUACAAAGUUCUUUAUCAAUAAUCUAGAUUGCAUCAUUUAAAUUACACAUUUUAUCAAGAAAAAACAGCUCAUUUUAUUAAAAUGUCUCUUUACACAGAUAUGUCUGCAGCAUUGUCUAUUUUGACCGAAAUAAAAUCUUUGGUCAAUGAAUCAGGUGAUGAUAAAUUAAAAGCAAAUACCAAUAAUGAUCUUCAACUCCUUAUCUCAGUUUUUCAAAACCCAAUUAUAAAAACAAUUGCAUCUGUUCAGGAUUCUGUAUCUGAAUUGAGUUGUCAACUUCAAGAACAUCCAUCAUUGUUACCAGUUGAUUUUGAUAUAUCACCUGUUACUGGUCAAUUAGUAUUGAGUUUGCCAACUGAGUCUACUCCUUACCAUAGUGUACCAGAAGAUUUAGAUUCUGAUCAAAGAGUUCCUAAACUUUCAAAUAGUUCAUCUGCAGACAGUUCUUCUCCUUCAUCAAAGGAUAGUAAAUCCUUAAUAAAAGAUAUAUCGCCUACUUUAUUACCAAUCACAACACCAUCUUAUGCAGUUGAGUUUCAAAAAGCAGUAGAAGAAGCAUCUAGAGGACGUAAAAUACAUAAUGUUCAACUCUAUAAGCCAGAGGGUUGCAGUUUGGGUUUUAGUGUAGUUGGCUUAAGAAGCGAAGAAAAGGGAGAACUUGGAAUAUUUGUCCAAGAAAUUCAACAAAAUGGGAUUGCUGCACGAGAAGGAGGGCUUCAUGAAGGUGACCAGAUUAUUGCUAUCGAUGGGCAACCAUUGGACACAAAUGUGUCUCACCAGCAAGCUAUUGGAAUACUGCAACAGGCUCGUGGGCUUGUUCAGUUGGUCGUAGCGCGCCCUCUUACACCACCUCCUUUACCAACAUCACAACCUUCCAGUAACAUGUUGAACACAGAAUGGGCUCAAGUUGAAGUAAUUGAGCUGCUCAAUGAUGGGUCUGGAUUAGGAUUUGGUAUUAUAGGUGGUCGUAGCACCGGUGUUGUUGUUAAAACUAUACUUCCAGGAGGAGUAGCUGAUAGAGAUGGGCGAUUACAAAGUGGUGAUCAUAUACUACAAAUAGGCGAAGUAAAUUUAAGAGGUAUGGGAAGUGAACAGGUUGCAGCGGUGCUUAGACAAUCCGGAAGUCAAGUUAGAUUGGUAGUAGCUCGUCCAAUAGAAUCUAGUGCAAUUGAUAUAAUUCAAAAUUUAAGCUGUAGAGCACCAAUUGUACCUACAAAGAUGUUAGGAGAUGCAGAUGAGCUUGAUCGUCAUUUAGUUCAACAUGGGUAUCCAGAAGUUGCAACAUAUACUCCUGAUUAUUUUUUCCAAAAUAUUUCAAAUGAAAAUAAUUUGAUAAUCAGUGAUAAUAUUAUACCUGCCUCAUUGCCUGUUCUUACAAUGGAUAUGGUACCACCAGAUAGUAUUACAACUCUCCCAGAAACUGAUUCAUUUAGUGUGCAAUUAAAAAAAGAUACUCAUGGUUUAGGAAUAACUAUAGCAGGGUAUGUUUGUGAAAAAGAAGAAUUAUCUGGUAUAUUUGUGAAAAGCAUCAGUGAAGGUAGUGCAGCUGACUUAUGCAAAAAAAUUCAGGUGAAUGAUCGUAUUGUUGAAGUUGAUGGAACUUCAUUGCAAGGAUUUACUAAUCACGAGGCAGUUGAAGUUUUGAGAUCUACAGGACAAAUGGUAACAUUGCGUUUAGAACGUUAUUUACGGGGUCCUAAAUUUGAACAGCUACAAGUAGCCAUAGCAGCAUCAGAAAUGAAGCCAAACACAAAUAGUGCAACUGCAUCACCAUCUAUAAUGUCAUUGCCCAGAUUUCCAAUAACUGAUGGAGAAAGUACUGCGGAAAUUGAAGUAGAAGGUGAAUCAGGAGCAACAGUUGAGGCUGAUAUGCUUGGUGAAGUAGAAGAUGAAAUGGUCGAAGAAACUGAUUCUGUGGGAAAUUCUUCAAUUGAUGGAGAACUUAAACCAGAAACGUUGAAAAAGAUAAAAAACAAAUGGACUGAUGUUAUUGGAAAUAAUGUAGAAAUUGUUGUAGGUCAGUUGAAGAAAUUUAGUGAAGGUGGUGGCCUAGGUAUAAGCUUGGAAGGUACUGUAGAUGUAGAAAAUGGUAUGGAAGUGAGGCCACAUCAUUACAUACGAUCAGUUUUACCUGAAGGACCAGUGGGAAAAAAUGCAAGUCUUCAAUCUGGCGAUGAGUUGCUUGAAGUAAAUGGGCACCGAUUAUUGGGUAGAAACCAUAUGGAAGUGGUCGCAAUUUUGAAAGAGUUGCCUAUUAAUGUCAGAAUGAUUUGUGCUAGACGCACUGAUGAACAACAAUUGCCUCACCAUUACCUUACUGACAUUACUGAAGAUCGAGCUGCUUUUGCAGCUAAAAAUGCAUUGGGUGGUAGUCUUCAAAAUUUAAUGCCCGCUACUGAUCGUUUGGUAAAAGCAAAAUCAGAUGGAUCAUUGGCUAGUACUGGAACAGCAGGGUGUUCAGAAUCUAGUAGAUUGCGUUCUCGAUCCCUUGAACCUCUCACUGGAUUAGCUAUGUGGUCCUCACAGCCUCAACUUAUCGAGCUUAUGAAAGGAGAACGUGGCCUUGGAUUUUCAAUUUUAGAUUAUCAAGACCCCAUGAAUCCAAGUGAAACAGUUAUUGUGAUUCGUUCAUUGGUACCUGGUGGAGUAGCCCAAAAUGAUGGUCGCUUGAUACCCGGAGAUAGAUUACUCAGAGUAAAUGAUAUUUGUUUGGAGAACGCGUCAUUAGAUCAAGCUGUGCAAGCUUUGAAGGGUGCUCCCAAAGGAGUAGUUCAUAUUGCUGUUGCCAAGCCACUGCCCAUACCAGAUAGUAGCAGUCAGGAUGAUAGCUCAGAAGAAAAAAAAAUGAGCAAUGAUGAAGAUGAUGAUGAAGAUUGCUAUUCAAUGUACAGUUGUCCUGAAUCACCUAUCAUUUUUGAUGAUGUAAAGAAAACCGAUGAGACUUUUAAACAAAUAUAUUCAAUGGAUGAAACAGAUAAUGUACAAGAUGUGCAAGAAAUUACACUUACUAAAGGCUCAUCACCUUUGGGCAUAUAUCUGCGUAGACGUUCAUUUAGUGAUCAUAUGGGUUUGGAAGUUGAAAACUUAUAUGGUGCUGCUGAACGAGAUCGCAGGUUAAAAAUUGGCGAUGUAGUAGUUUCUGUUAAUAAUGAAUCAUUGAAGUAUGUGUCACCAGCCCAAGUGAAGUCGAUUUUAUCUAGAGCUAAUCUACUAACAGGCCAUAUACCUAUACGUUUUGUACGUGCAGAGGCGGUAAAGAAUACCUGUGUAAUCCGAAGUAAAACUGUACCUAAUGUAACUCUACGUACUCCAAGGAUAUUACCUGUCUAUUACAAAUCACCAUUUAUUGAACUACACGAAACUGAAGAUCGUUUACUUCAUAAGAAACCUCAUUCUAAAAUUUCUAGAUCUAAGUCUAACGAUCCGUGUUUGCAGUUGGCUAUAUCAACAAAAUCUAAAUCCGAAUGUGUUCUAUGUACAAAAUGUCAUUCAGUGCAACGAACAAAGAGUUGGAAUGAAACUGAACCAAUAAAUGAUGUGAGUUUUGAAAACGUUAUAAAUUAUUACAAGGUAUUCAAAACUAGCGACAAAUACGUAUGCGCAAAGUUUACUAGCGAUCAAUUUAUUAAGAAAUUAGAUGAGAAAUUACGUGAAGAAACUGAUAGAUUGUCAGAGUUUACUCAAAGUAUAUCUAUAACAUCAAAUUUAAAUGAAGAUGAAAUUGAUAAUCAAUUAAAAGCCAAAACUGAAGAGUUAGAAAGACUCACAGAAGAGGAAGCUUAUACAUCUUUAGACAAAAAUGUAUUACGUUUGGGAAGUGCUGAAUUUGAAUCUUUUGAUGGGCCACCAACUCGUAUUUAUCGGUUUCCAAGUACUGGUAUUGGCUUAGAUAGAAGUGAAGGAAGCGUAUUCACCAUGACUGUAUCUGGGCAACAAUCAGCUGCUUCCUUAUUGGCUAAACAUUGGGGUCCUCAGCGAGAAGUAAUAGUUCGAAGAGAUCCAAACAAAAGCUUAGGAAUAAGUAUAGUCGGAGGAAAGGUUGAUUUUUUCAAUAGUACUAAUACAAAUAAUAGCGCAGCUAUAUCAGGUAUAUUCAUAAAAAAUGUACUUCCUCAAAGUCCCGCAGGCCAAGAAGGUCAAUUAAAAACCGGUGAUAGAAUAUUAGAAGUUAAUGGGACUGAUGUUCGACAUGCUAAUCAUGAACAAGCUGUUGCAAUAAUUCGUUCAGCUGGUAACCCAGUUAUUUUCCUCGUACAAUCACUUGUGUGCUGGUCUGAAGAUCAAUAUGAACAGUCAAAAUCAUCGGCUGUUAUUGAAGAUUCGUUUAAAAUAUCACAGGAACCUAUGAAACCUGUCAAUAGUGUAAAAAAUAGGAUUUCUACAUGGCAACAGAAAAGUGAAGAACAUGUUAAUGAAGAUAAUUUUCCAGUUCGCAAGAAUUCAUUAGCUUUUAUCAAAACUUUGACUUCGUUCGACCGUAAAAAAUCUAUCAAAUCUAAUAAAAGCGAAGAUAGUGAAGAAGAUGAUGAUAAUAGAGAUAAUGAAGGUCGCGUUAGAAUACAUUCAGGACAAGAAAUAAUGCGGUCUAGUGCUGGUAAUGUUAAAAGAUCAAAAGUAGAAAUUGACGCUGAUCCAGAACCAGAAGAUGAAUAUGGUUAUACAACAAAUAAAGCAAAGAAAAAGUAUGGAAAUCUGUGCGAUGUUAGGGACGGUGGUUCCAUCAGCGAGGUGUUGGUAGUAAUGUUGGAGAGGUCCCCUGGUUCCGGUCUAGGCCUUAGUUUAUCCGGUCACAAGGAUCGAACAAAAAUGGCGGUCAUGGUGUGCGGAUUAAAUCCCAAUGGUCCGGCCGCGAAGUCCGGAUGUUUACGGGUCGGCGAUGAAAUUUUAGAGGUUAAUGGGGUAGUUUUACACGGAAGAUGUCACCUAAAUGCCUCAGCCAUUAUCAAAGGUAUACCAGGACCGAUAUACAAAAUAAUUGUGCUAAGGAAACCUACGGCCCUGGACGAAUUAGCUGUGCGACCGAUCACUCAGUUUCCUAUUACACUAGAUGACGAGACACCAGAGGAGAAGUAUGCCAACUACAAAGGCCUACGGGUCGUUACUAUGAAGAAGCCCUGUAUCAGUUUUACAUACGAAGGCCAAAUCACAAAUUCACCCACACAACAGAGUCCUCAUGGUCUUGGCAUAAUGAUUUUAGAGGGGAAACACGCGGAACUCGGCACAGGCAUUUUCAUAUCUGAUAUACAAGAAGGAAGCCCAGCUGAACAGGCGGGUCUGACGGUAGGCGAUUUGAUUUUGGCUGUGAAUAAAGAUACACUUCUGGGGAGUACGUACGACGCGGCAUCAUCAUUGCUGAAAAAGACUGAAGGUGUCGUAACGUUAGUAGUAUGUAACCCACGUAAAGACGAGGUCGUGACGGCUACAGAUCAGAAGAACACCGAUAAACCUAAACAACCAGAAAAGCCAAAAUCUCAAUCACCCGUUUGUUUGGACCAUUCAGUCGAACCGCCACCAGAUCCUGCAACCGCACCAAUAAAACCAGGUUUCGAAUCGACGAUUGAAAUCAACAAGGACAAAGUCGGCUUGGGUCUCAGCAUAGUUGGCGGAUCUGAUACAUUACUGGUCGUAGUCAUUAUUCAUGAGGUAUAUCCAGACGGAGCCGCAGCUAAAGACGGUAGACUCAGACCCGGGGAUCAGUUGGUGGAGGUGAACGGGGAAGACUUUAGAAAUAUAACGCAUAUCAAAGCGUUGGGCGUCUUACGGCAAACGCCAGCAAAGGUGACCAUGGUUGUGAUGAGAGACGAGUCGUGUGUUCCAGACGAAAAUGGUAGUAUUUCCGCAGAUACAACGAACAUCACGGACGCGUUCGACGUAGAAUUAACAAAAAAGCCUAGCAAAGGGCUAGGAUUGAGUAUAGUGGGCAGGAAAUCCGGUUCGGGAAUAUUUAUAUCGGACAUCGUGGUAGGCGGUGCAGCCGGCGUUGACGGCCGUCUGAUGAAAGGCGAUCAGAUCUUGGCGGUCAACGGCCAAGACGUACGGAACGCUUCUCAAGAAGAAGCCGCUGCCGUACUGAAGACGGCGACGGGCAGAGUCAUUUUGAAAAUGGGUCGUCUCAAAGCUCGCUCGUCUACGUCUAGUUCGGACAACGAAUCGGCGGCGUCUAUGGAAGAAACGCACACCGUGACGAUGGUACGUAGAAUGGAUGGAUUUGGAUUUAGCAUCGUCGGCGGUCACGGGCACCUACCGAUUUACGUCAAAACUGUGUUCUCCGGCAGCGCAGCUGACUCAAGCGGGCUGUGCCGCGGCGAUAGGAUUUUAGCAGUCGACGGAGUGUCAGUGGAGGGCAUGGGACACGAUCAGGUUGUCGCCAUGCUCAACGAAGCGGUCGCAUCCGUCACGCUCACCUUACAGUCGUAGCCUUCUCCGCGGAGGAUAAUGCGUUUUGAGUACCUACUUUAAUAUUAACUAAUAAAUUGUAAGCGACAUCACCACACUGUUUAUGAUCCAUUUAGCGUAAGAUGCUCAUUAUUUCAGAAAACUUAUACGCAAUUUUAAGUCGUUAUAAAAUAAUAUUUUUUCCAAAAAUAUUAUAUAUUUUUUAAAGUUUUUACACUUAAAUGACAACAUACAUUUUUAAUUUCCUAUU